GGGAAAUAUAUUUGGUAUCUAAAAGAGAGAGAGAGAGUUAGGCGACGUGCUCUCCCCCUCACCUUUUUUCUCUCAGUCUAUUCUUUCUGUCACUCGUAGAGGUUGAGCAACACUAACUGGCUGCUAUAUUAGCAGGGGACAAAGGGAGAAACAGUGGAGCCAACACUGCUGCAAAGACCUGGUAUACUAGAUCACUGGACUGUAAAGAUCUGCUAUACUAGAUCACUGGACUGCUGUAAAGACCUGCUAUACUAGAUCAAUGGACUGCUGUAAAGAUCUGCUAUACUAGAUCAAUGUAAAUACCUGCUAUACAACCCUGGCUGUACUUUAGCUCGCUGGGUGAUCCAUAUCUAUUACCCAGGGCCACAUUCAGUAGCCACCAAAUGAGAGAAAAUGUUGUGAAUGGGAAGAGGUUCUAGCUGACCUGAAAAAAUUUACCUUGUAGAGUUCUAGACCUGGACAUUCUGGAGUUCUAGACCUGGACAUUCUGGAGUUCUAGACCUGGACAUUGUAGAGUUCUAGACCUGGACAUUGUAGAGUUCUUGACCUGGACAUUGUAGAGUUCUAGACCUGGACAUUGUAGAGUUCUAGACCUGGACAUUCUGGAGUUCUAGACCUGGACAUUCUGGAGUUCUAGACCUGGACAUUCUGGAGUUCUAGACCUGGACAUUCUGGAGUUCUAAACAUGGUAACAAUGGCCACUGACCAGGAUGUCGUCUCCUCCUGUGAGUGGGAGUGUGACAGGGUGUUGUACCUCCUGCCCUCCCUGCUGCUGUUCCUGCUCUACCUGGCUCUCCGCUGGCCCCCGGUACAGCGAAUGGCAAGGCUGGGGGUGAGGGCUGCCGCCUGGUGGCUGUGGGUGGCACUGUGCUGGGUCCUGGAGCUCCCCAUCCACCACCCUCACACAGAGCCAGGCUGGGGCAAGGAGAGGGCAGGAACACAGGAACAGGAGCAUGGAUCAUCCCCAGGCCUUGCCAUAGGACCGUCAACAGAGAAAAGCUGGGGUAGGGAGAGUGGAAUGGGCCUUGGCUUGGGAUCACAUCCAGCCCUCUCCCCAGCCCCAGGACCCACUCUAGCCUGUAAGCCCACAGCCCUGGCCCGGUUCCUGCUCCAGCACUGCUGUUCCCUGGCCAGACCCAGACUGGCCCCAUGGCCCAGGGGGGACCCCCACCUCCAGACCCUCUCAAGUUUUCUAUUGGGGGGCCUGACUGCAGGAGACCAGGGACAAGAGGUCAACUUUACCCGAGACCACCUUCUACUGAAGGACGGGGGGGUAGUGGCUCUGGACUGGGCUGUAGGUGUAGGUGGGGGAGAGGAGGUGGGACGGGAGAGAGGGAAGGAGCACCAUCCUGGAGGGAAGGCAUUGGGCUGCCACACCUCCACACCUCCAAUCCUCCUCCUCAUCCCUCACUACUGGGGAGGAGUGACGCCCCACCUGAGAGGUCUGUGUAGAAUGGCUCUUCGUCAGGGUUUCUAUCCCCUCGUGUUUCACCGUAGGGGCACGGGGGGGUGUCCUCUCACCACGCCACGGCUGACUGAGUAUGGAGACUCUGUUGACCUGAUGCAGACAGUAGCAUAUGUGCGUAGUCGGCACCCGUCCUCUGUGCUGGUAGCGGUGAGCGAGGGUUCUGGUUCGGGCCUGCUGCUGUCCUACUUGGGAGAGUGUGGCUCCUCCUCUUACCUGACCGCUGCAGCCUGCAUCUCACCUGUCCUGCAGGGCCAACUGUGGUUUGACACGCCCCUGCCGCCACUCUACCGCUGGGCAGUGCUGAUCCAACGCAAACUGCAGCUCAGCAGGUAUGCCAGUGCCCUUCGUGGGGUGUUAGAUGUAGAGCGGGCUCUCCACUGUUCCUCCCUCAGAGACUUUGAAGAGACCCUGUUCUGCUCUGCACUGCGACCCAAUAUCCCCCACCACCCAACCAGUCACACACCGACCCCAGGGGCCAGAACGGCCAGCGGGACACCAACCACCAAACCAGGGGCUACUGUACCCCCACUGAACACCCCCUAUCCGACGGGACCCCACAACACCAAACCGGCGGCCAUGCCCGGUGCCAAAACAGUCUCCCCCACCCUUGCCUCCACUCCCAGGGUUCCAACCACCAGAGCAGGGGACACAGCACCCCACCAACACACCCCACACCACUCAACAGGACCCCUCCUCCCUGGGACCUCCACACACAUCCCUGGGGCCCCAGCCUCCACCUCUGGAGCCAGAUCAGGUGCCAGAGGGGCCACUGCUCCCCCACCCUCCCUUAGGGUAUCAGGGGUAGGUGGGGUGGCAUCCUGGGUGCUGGGGGAGCGGGGUCAUCCUGCCAGGGACUGGGAGAGUUACUGGGAGAGGAACGAACCUCUGAGGGACGCAGAUGAGGUGGCGGUUCCCGUGCUCUGCCUCUGUAGCCGUGACGACCCCCUCCUGCCGCCCCCCUCCACCCUGCCCCUCGCCCUUUUCCAAAACAACCCUUAUUUCUUGCUGGCGCUGACGGAGACGGGCGGACACUGUGGGUUUGGACUGGAGGAGGGAAGACAGGGGGAGGGAGGACAGGGGGAGGGAGAGGUGGGAGGAAACUGGAGUAGCGUGUCUGUGUUGGAGUACUUCAGGGUGGUGGCUGAAUUUCUGAAGGGGGAGGAGAGGAAGGGGAUGAGCAAAUUUGAUGAUAAAGAGUUGGUGUCGUGCAAUGCUACACAGUCGUGGGUGAACAGGGAGUACAGCAGAGGGCUGAGGACACACCCCUCGGGGGCCCCUAAGGGAGUACAGCAGAGGGCUGAGGACACACCCCUCGGGGGCCCUAAGGGAGUACAGCAGAGGGGUGAGGACACACCCCUGGGGGGCCCCUAA